AUGGCGUGGUACAACAUGUUCUGCACGGGGCUUGCCCCAUGGAGUGCGCCUCCUCUCUCGAUCGGGCAGCGAAAGUGCGGCGCUGGCGCUGACCAAGCUCCUUCGGCACGGACGUCCGCGCCGAGGAGCCUUGGGGCUCAUGGCUCGUGUGUCCGAUCGUCGGCAUGCCCUGCAGCAGUGGUUGCUUACAUGGCCUGCCGCCACCAAGAACCCAGAAUCAGGCGACGAACGCUCCAACUUCGCGACGCACCUGGUUGCACACAGAACGGAUGCGCGUGCGCAACACAAGCGGAGGACUACCCGUUCAAGUCCAGCCAGGAUUACCAGCACCACCACGUCGCUGUGCGGAGGCUUGCGGAGUGGCAGAGACUCCUGGGCCUGCACCCACCAGAGGUCUUCGCAGCAGAGCCGCGGGGCCAUCGGACGCGGACAAAGCUAGCGGUGGCGCCUGGCAAGGACGGCGUGGUGCUGGGACUGUUCAAGCGCGGCACACAGGAGGUCCUGCCUGCACUCGGCUGUGCUGCGCUGCAUCCAGUUCUCCGGCAAGCCCUCGUGCGGCUCCAGAAGGCCUUGGAUGGCUUGAAGUCCCUGGCUCUUUAUGACCCCGGCGUGAAAAGCGCGGCGCAGAGCGCCGGCGGUGCCUUGCGCUUCGUGCAGCUGACGGUGGAGAGGCCCUCGCAGCGGGUACAGCUGGUCCUGGUCUGGACCUGCAAGCGGGGACCGGCGGUGCCCGCCCUGGAGCGGCUCGUGGAGCUGCUGUGGGAUGAUGAUCCUGGCGACGUUUGGCAUUCCAUCUGGAUCCACUGGCGCGAGCCCAAACCGAACUUAGGGAACUUCGUCUUCGCGCUGGAGACCUCGGCUUGGGAGUUGGCACAGCCCCGCGCCUUGAGCGGCGGCCGAAGACGUCCCGGCUUCGUGUACGAGAAUCUGGAUGGCCUCGAGUUCACCUUUGGGCCCUUCAACUUUCAGCAGGCCAACCUCGUUGUGUUCGAGCAAAUCCUCCGCGACAUGAAGCGCAUGCUGCGCGAGCGGGCUGCGGAGUUUGAGGACGAACCUGUGCGACUGCUGGAGCUGCAUGCUGGCAUAGGUGUCAUUGGCCUGAGUCUCGCACAUGAGCUGGCAAGUCGUCGCGGCUGGGCUUCUGUUGCCCUUCUGAGCUCCGACGAGAACCCCAAGUGUGCGGCACCCUUCACCGCCAACGCGCGCGGCAUCGUUCCGGACCUCGAAGUUCUCAGUGAGGAGUGUACGUUCACUGCGGGCGCAAGAGUCGGCUUCUCCCCGCUCUCUGCAGAAGAAGUGCUUGACAGGCUGAGCUCAAGCAACGAGGGCCCCCACGUGCUGGUGAUGGAUCCGCCCCGCACAGGCCUGGCCCCAAGAGGCCGGAAGAAGGCCGGUGCCGCCGAUGCUUGCGUCCGCCGGAUACGGGCCAUGCCCGACCUGCGUCUGCUGAUCUACAUGAGUUGCGGGCCAAGAUCCUUCCGCGCGGAUGCGAGCCAGCUCAUUGAGGCCGCGCCUGAGGACACCGAUGGCUCACUGGCCGGGCGGCCCUUCAAGCUCUUGGACGUCAAGUGUUCCACGACACGAAUCUAG